GCCUCGCGGGUGUYCCGCUGGAGGCCGCAGCAGCGCCGGCUCAGUCUUGCCGCCCGCAGCGCCGUGCGACUCCGUCCCCGCCGCAGCCUUCGCAGCCAUGUCCAGGCAGGCGCGCCCCGGGCGCGAGGAGAUCAUGGAGUGCCAGGUGWUGUGGGAGCCUGACAGCAAGAGGGACACGCAGAUGGACCGCUUCCGGGCGGCAGUGGGCUCCGCCUGCGGCCUGGCGCUGGAGAGUUAUGACGACCUGUACCACUGGUCAGUGGAGUCGUACUCGGACUUCUGGGCAGAGUUCUGGGAAUUCAGUGGCAUCGUCUUCUCGCGCAUGUACGACGAGGUCGUGGACACGUCCAAAGGGAUCGCGGACGUCCCCGAGUGGUUCAAAGGCAGUCGUCUCAACUACGCAGAGAACCUCCUGAGGCACAAGGAGAACGACAAAGUAGCCCUCUACGUGGCCAGGGAAGGCAAAGAGGAAAUUGUGAAGGUGACUUUUGAAGAGCUGAGGCAACAGGUGGCUUUGUUUGCCGCGGCCAUGAGGAAGAUGGGCGUGAGGCAAGGAGACCGGGUGGUCGGUUACUUGCCCAAUGGCCAGCAUGCGGUGGAGGCCAUGCUGGCCACAGCGAGCAUUGGUGCCAUCUGGAGCUCCACGUCUCCCGACUUUGGUGUGAACGGCGUCCUGGACCGGUUUUCUCAAAUUCAGCCGAAGCUCAUCUUCUCGGUGGAGGCCGUGAUCUACAACGGCAAGGAGCACAGCCACCUGGAGAAGCUGCAGCGGGUGGUUAAAGGGUUGCCUGACCUGAGAAAGGUGGUGGUGAUCCCAUACAUCUCGCCUCGGGAGCAGAUCGACAUUUCCCGGAUUCCCAAUAGCGUGUUCCUGGAGGACUUCCUGGCGAGCGGGCCUGGCGAGCACGCCCCCCAGCUGGAGUUCGAGCAGCUGCCCUUCAGCCACCCGCUGUUCAUCAUGUUCUCCUCGGGCACGACCGGGGCACCCAAGUGCAUGGUGCACUCGGCAGGGGGCACGCUCAUCCAGCACCUGAAGGAGCACAUUCUGCAUGGGGACAUGCGCUGCAGUGACGUCCUGCUCUACUACACCACGAUCGGCUGGAUGAUGUGGAACUGGAUGGUGUCCGCUCUGGCCACUGGGGCAUCUGUGGUCUUGUACGAUGGCUCCCCCAUGGUCCCGACGCCCAACGUGCUGUGGGACCUUGUGGACAGGAUAGGCAUCACCAUCCUUGGGACGGGUGCCAAGUGGCUGUCUGUGCUGGAGGAGAAGGACCUGAAGCCGGUGGAAACCCACAGUCUGCAGACGCUGCACACGAUUCUGUCCACGGGCUCCCCGCUGAAGGCCCAGAGCUACGAGUAUGUCUACAGGUGCAUCAAGAGCAGUGUCCUGCUGGGCUCCAUCUCAGGUGGCACUGACAUCAUCUCCUGCUUCAUGGGCCAGAACGUGUCCAUCCCUGUGCACAAGGGUGAGGUGCAGGCCCGGAACCUGGCCAUGGCCGUGGAGGCGUGGAAUGAGGAAGGGAAGGCCGUCUGGGGGGAGAGCGGAGAGCUGGUGUGCACCAAACCCCUGCCCUGCCAGCCCACGCACUUCUGGAACGACGAGAACGGGAGCAAGUACCGCAAGGCCUACUUCUCCAGGUUCCCAGGUAUCUGGGCGCAUGGUGACUACUGCAGAAUCAACCCCAGGACCGGGGGCAUCGUCAUGCUUGGCCGCAGCGACGGCACGCUCAACCCCAACGGAGUGCGCUUCGGCAGCUCGGAGAUCUACAACAUCGUGGAAGCCUUCGAGGAGGUGGGGGACAGCUUGUGCGUCCCCCAGUACAACAGGGAUGGCGAGGAGAGGGUGAUCCUCUUCCUGAAGAUGGCUCCGGGGCACGCCUUCCGGCCCGAGCUGGUGAAGCGGGUCCGUGAGGCCAUCCGCCUGGGCUUGUCAGCACGACACGUGCCCAGCCUCAUCCUGGAGACCCAGGGCAUCCCGUACACGCUCAACGGCAAGAAGGUGGAGGUGGCUGUGAAGCAGAUCCUGGCGGGCAAGGCCGUGGAGCACCGCGGGGCUUUCUCCAACCCCGAGACCCUGGACCUGUACCAGAACAUCCCCGAGCUGCAGGGCUUCUGAGCCGCUGGGCAGCCACUCACGGUCAGCAAACUGCUCGCACACCCACGGCUGCGGGGGGCGUGUGGCCAAGCACUCCCGGGCCUGGGGCAUCGUUUCUGCUUCCGAGUUCAGUCUGGUGGGCACCGAGUCUCAUGCGCAAGGACGGAGCUGACCUUCGGACUGGAAGGCAGGUUGGCCCACUGUGGCCUGUCCCCGAGCGCUGUCUGCACAUGGCCUUGCUCACCCUGCGAGUAGGCCUUGCGGUGCUUGCUGGGCCCAGGUGGCAGCGCCCACCCGAGGAGUGGCAUGGCCCAGCCUGCGAGCCCAUGUCCUGUUCCCCUCUGUGAAGGUGCAAACAGUCCCUUCCCGAAGCCCCGACGCCUGGUCCUUCCGCUUUCCUCAGGGCACCUCCACCAUGGGGCACUAGUCCUACCAGGGACACCUGCCUGGCUUGUCACUGUCUUUCCACAGCCGGCCGUUGGGACCCCAGGCCAGGACUCACGCACCGCGUCACACUCCGGCCAAACAGCACCUCCUGCCCCGGACUGUGGACUUUGAGUGGUUAGGGUGAUUCUGUGUUGGUUAGGGCUCUGAUGGGGACCAUUUGGUGCUGCCUGUGCACCCCGUCACCUUUGGUGCCCUGGCGAGUCCUCCAGGCUGCACAGCAGGCAGUGUGGUCACCGUGGUCCUGGCCCAGCAGGGCUGCCUGGGCCUCUGAGAAAGGCCUUCUUGCACUUGCUCCACCUGAGAGCCCUCAGGACAUUACUGUUGAAGUCGUGUCACCGGCACUUGUCAGGUCUUGGCAGCUGGGUGGGUGGCUUGUGCCUCUGAGGUCAGCAUGCCCACGGACGUCAGGAGCCCUGGUGUGGGCCCUGCGGUCAGCGGAGCUGAGCGCAGGAAAUGCCUCCUCGAGUCCUGUUCUUCUGGGUCAUGAGAACACAGGGGAGCACUGGAGGGUUCAUGCAAUAAAUAACGGUGUGCACUAGGCUGGGCUCUGCUGUUGGGGCCCCCAUGUCCUUUCUAAGAACGUGGCCGGGUCUCUGUGCUCUGCUGUCAGGGGCCCCAUGUCCUCUCUGGGGACAUGRCUGGGUCUCUGUGCACCAGGCAAGCUCUGCUGUCAGGUGCUGCUGCCACUGUGCCUUGGAGCUACUCAUCCCAAACUCUGGCAGCCCUUUAAGACCCUGGUCUUUAGCCAUGGACUAGUGGCCAGCUGGCUACAGGCACUGCUGUUAGUGUGAGGCCAGUACCCUGCAGCUCCAGGUCCUGUCCUGUCACCCCCGUCCGCAGUGCACACUGUCUUGGUCACUUGGUCACUGGGUGGCCAUCUCCCUCCCUGUGUCUACAAUGGCAGGAAGGCAGAAGCUGCGGGGGCUGGUCAGAGCAGAAGGCCUGUCUCCUGGAUCCUUUCAGCAGCAAGGUGAUGGCUCUCUGGGACACCACUCUCUCGUGUGUGCAGCCUCAGGGGCCAGCUCGUGCUCUCGGUCGCAAUUGCGGGGGGGAUGGGGUGCUCAGACAGGAACGCCAUCCUCGGUGUCAGCUUCUCAUGGCCAUUGUGACCCACUUCCCCCGCUUGCUGUGGUUCUGGGAGUCAGAGGUCACCACUGCCGGGCGGUGGCUCUCCCUCCACCUGCAGCUGCUGUGGCCCUGGAGCUGUCCUUGUGCAGUGGCCCAGCACCAGGCCGGCCACAGGACCCCUGUGACUGCCCUGGGAGUGACCUAGGGUACCGUCCCCAUUUCCCACUAGCUGAGGAGCCAACGAGGCCCCAACACAUCCUGCAAACCAUGUCACGCCCCAGGGUCUGGGGUGAGGAUGGGCAUCUCCGGGGCUGCCCCCUGCUAAUCACCUGCUGCUGAGGAGCAAGGAGCGGCCCCUGGGAAGGUGGAGCCACCUGGGGAGGCUGAGCUCAGGCCCUGCUGCCCCUGCCUGGGCUGGGGCCACCAUCCACGAGGCCCUGUUCUCCCCCCAGGUGCUUAGGGACGCCUGCUGCGUCCAUGGCGCCCGAAGAGGCCCAAUUAGUGUGCCCUUUGUUUCCUGUAGGAGGCCCAGGCUGACUGAGCCCCGCUGGACAGCUUCAUUAGAGAGUGGCAGAUGGGCUGGAACCACAGCCACUGGUCACAGGUGUGGAGCUGCCUUGGCCAUGACUCUAGAGGACCCCCAGUUGCUGGACAGGCUGCCCCACCCUCCCCCCCAGGCCCUGCUGGAGCAGCUUCAGGAGACUGGGCUCCACGUGGCCUGCCCGGGGCUGUGUCCCAGGUGGGCGGGAGCUCUGGCAGCUGGCCUGGUCCAAAUGGGCGCCCUCCUCUCCUGCCCAGCUCCCUCCUGCCUGGGCAGGUGCUCUCAUAGGGCAGGAGCUGGGGUGCCUGCCCCCUUCCUCCUCACUGCACCGAGCGCUGGAGUUGGGUCCCCGUGGGCUUCCUGUCUGCCUCACCUGCAGGUGACCUGAAAUCCACUCUUCUUGGGCCUGGUGCAUCUGCCUCUGUCACGGGCUGCAGGGGGACAGAAGGGACCCUCCCUCAGGUCUUCAGAUGCUCCUCCAGGGCCUUGUGAGCUGGGGGGCCAGGCCAGGGGCAGUCACCCUUCCGUCUGGUGGCUGCACUGUCCUCUGUGUGAAGGUCUCGUCCACACUGGGACAGGGGCGUGGAGGAGGAGACUUGUCCACUCUGCUCAUGUCCUCCGGCCAUGGCCAUUACACAGUGUGCUCAGCUGCGUGGGAGUGUGGAAGGCGUCUGUCCAGACAGUGCCGGGCCCUCCUGCGACCGUCUGUGGCAAGGAAGGGCAGGCAUGGUGACUGGUGACAGCCACAGCCCCUCCCAUGGGGGAAGGGCCUCUAUGUCCAUCUCCAGCCCCCUCCCCACGGGCAGGGCACUUUCCCCUCUGGGGCCCGUGACUGGGGGCUGGAGGGCUGAGGUGAGGCCUGAUUGUGCCCAAGGCUCAACAGCCAGGUGGGAGCUCGCAGGUCGGCUUCCGCCACACUAGGCUGGGGGGGGGGUGUGAGUGUGCAUGCACCCAAGUGAGCAGCGCACGGGUGUAGACGUGUGACUAGUGUCUGUGCACACACACCCUGAGGCCAAGGUUGCGCACACACUGGCCCCAGCAGGAUGGGCCGUGGGCACCCUGCACCCCGCCUGUGCUUGGGGCGAGGACGGAAGCCCACUGACCAUGGCAGGUGAGUGGGGAAGCUCCUCCAGUCGCAGCUGCCAGGGCUACAGGAUGCUGGCCUGACCCUUCUAGUUGAGAAACAACUUUCUGUGUCCCCAUCGGGUGGUUUUUCUUGGGGGCCCUGCAGGACCAGGGACUAGCUCUGUCCUAACUCAUGUGCCCACCUGAGUGUGGGGUCCCACAGCGGCCAGGGUCGCGGAGGCCGCGGCUGUGGAGGUACAGCCAGCGUGCCUCUCCUGGGGACACCACAGCUACUGUCUGAGAGUGUGAUGCCACCAUGUGAAGACUGGAGGGCCACCAGCCAGGCAGAGGCCUGCGAGGGGACCACCUCAUCUAGAGGACGGCAGGGGCCCCGUGGGGACUGCAGGGCACGUGAGUGGGGAGCGGCUCCAGGUGGCGUGGGUCGUGUUCUGAGGGCUCCAGGAGGCCACUGGGACUUGGGCCCAGCAGUGCCCUGGCUGGCUGGGUGCUCACUGUGUGGGGCCCAGGGCAGUGCCUCCGCCUGGCCUCCCCUGGCCUCUGUCUGGCAACAGCUUCAGGCACAGCUGCCGCCCUCCCCUCCUCUCUCCCUGUCACCCCAGCACCUGCGCGCAGAGCAGGGUGGCCCAGCACAGAGCCCUGGACGCAGCAGAGCCAUCAGGAGGCUUUGAGGAGCUGUGCCCCAUCCUCUGCUAGCCACAGCUGCCCUGGGUGUCCGCACACACCAUUUCUAACAGCCUCCAGCCAUCUUGUCCCUGUCAAGGGCAGUAGUAAAGGCCUGUGAAGGAGGUGUCCACGCUCCUGGCCACGCUGGCUCCGUGGUCACACCUUCCCCUGUUGCAUGGCCCUCUGGCAACUGCAGAGGUGAGCAGUGGUCCAGUACUCCAUCAGAUGACCUCUAGGAGAUGUGGGUGGCUCACUGUGCUCUGGAGAGGCUUCCAGGCUCCGUCCCCUCUGGUCCCUCUGUCUGUCCCUUCUCUUGUCUCACUGGCUCAAGUAGCACAGCGGGUGAUUUCGGGAGUGUCAAAGAGGGUGGCCAUUGUGGGCCCCACAUGGUGUGGGCCGGCUUCCCUGCAGCCCUGGGCUCUCCUCUGCCUGCUGGCUGCGGUCAGGGCACGGGCGUCCACUCCUCUUUUCAGUUACGACUGUGGAUUUUGUUGGCGACAAGUAACAGAAACCCCAGCACCAACUGGGCUCUCGUUAAGUUACUUAGGGCCUUGAUAAGUUGCUGAGGCUGGCUUUGAACUUGUGAUCCUCCCACCUCAGCCCCCCGAGUUGCUGGGAUUACAGGCGAGAGCCACCACGCACACAGCCUAAAUAGCUUUUUAAAUGUCAGUGUGUCCCAAAUAUUGCAUAUCUGGAAUUCAGACAUAGCUGGGCCUCCCACAGUUUCCUGACUUGGGCAGCCCCAUUUACUGGAACCAAGUGCCUACACCUGAAUGGUGGCUGCACCCCUGUGUGACCACAGGCAGGUUACUCGCCCUCUCUGAGCCUUGUUUCCUCCAUCUGUAGUGCAGGUAUUAAGACUGUUAUUAGGUGGCGGGGUUGAGGCGGUGCCUGUCAUUUGUGCUGGCCUGUAACAGGUACGCACGGGAUGUCAGCUAUCCUCAUGUCACCAUCUCCUGUCUCCACUUCUGUGCAGCCUUCGGUCUUUCAUUCUUAGGUCAAGAGUCUUCUUGGUCUGCUCAAGGUCACAUGCCCAUCUCUGAUCCACCUGUGCCAUCUGGGGAAUGGGAGGUUCUGAUGGCAGUACCUGGGUCAUGAGCCCACCUCUUCCCUGGAGGAUGGGCAGGUGGGCUGAGAGUGGGAGGCUGCACAGGAGACCUGGGGUGCCGGGGUCAGGGACAUGGUUACCCUGGCAUCGUGAAGUGGCUGAACCCCAGGUCAGGAAGGAGCACUGCGCUGGCUGUCAGCUGUGGAGGCCUCAGGAGUGGGUCCGAGAAGGCCCGGCUUUAGGAGGGCAGAGGAUUGAUGGCCGGCCUGGCUCCUGCCUGAAGGAGCCCAGAUAGGGUUCUGGAGAAGUCUGUGUGCCUGGUCCUAGGUGUCCCUGCAUAAUGAAGGCGAAUGAUACUGGCUUGUCCGGCUGGAGGCCCGCUGGUGCAGAGGGAGGCCAGCCUCCUGUGGGAGCCUCUGGGUGAAUCAUCAGUGAGAUGGUGGCCCUUGGAGCUCCACGUCCUCUGCCAAGAGAGGCACCCGGGGGUUGGCAGGCCAGGAGAAUGGCAGAGGUGGUCCUUCCCAUGGGGGUGUGUGGCACCUCUGUGGUGGCUGAUGAGUGGUUUUCUCAUGGGGUAUGGCAGAGGCGAUGCCCAGUGACGUAGGGGCAGAGCAGGUGUCGGGCAGGUUUCUGUGAUGGUAACAAAAGCUCCUGAGGUCAGCAGCUUAUAGAGAGGAAGGGUUGAUUUGAUCACAGCUUUGGAGGUUCCAGCCCAUGAGCAGUUGGCCCUACUGUUUUGGGGGCCUGUAGUGAGGCCAUGCAUCAUGAAGGAAUCCCAGGGCAGAGCAGAGGGGUGCAGAAGAGAUGGGAAGGGAAGGGGCCAGGGGACCACUAUGCCCUUCAAUGGCACACCUGGGGAUCUAAGGACCUCCCCAGGCCACCAGCUCUUAAAGGCCCCCCCUUCCAGUGCUGCCACACUGGGGAGCACCCUUUGCCACAUGGGCCUUGGGGACAUUCUCGCCUUAACGUGUGCAGAUCUGCCUGGCUUCUGGAUGCUCACGUGGAGGAACCCACCGUGGGGAAGGUGGACUCCCGGGGCCACCAGGCUGGAAGGUGGACUCCCGGGGCCACCAGGCUGCAGGAGCCUCAUGCAGGGGUGCAGGUUGGCAGCUCCAGUGGGGCCAGGCUCCUGCCUCCCCUUCCUGGCAUGUGGCCUUUGGAGAGAGCUCUGGGAAGAGGGAGAGGAUCCCCUUUGGGUGCUUCCUGUUCAUGCGCCUUUCCUUGGGUGGUUCCCAAGUGUCUGGAUUGAUUUAAAAAAAAAAUCAUACCCGGGUGAAAAAGAUCAAUCGUGAGUGUGGUUUCCACGUGGCUUUGACACCAUCGCAGACUCCCAUAUGCCUAGAGCCUCUAAUUAGAUCUGGAGUGAGGAUCAAUUCACGUGUCAUGAAAUUUUAAAAGACAGCGUUCCAUGAAUGGUUCUUCCUAUUAUUCCAGCCUGAUUGAAAUUGUGGGUUUUUAAAAGGUGCUAUUUAUACUCUUAAGACAAUGGGGCUUUCAAACGAUUCUGACUCCUAAGUUCCUAUGUGAUUUCCAGAGGAGGGGAAAUUUUGAAAUUUUUCAUAAUGAAUGUAUCUUUGUGACUUUUCUUCCUUCCUUUC